GUUUUAAAAUGGAAAAGCGUAUUAUAAAAGAACUUAAAGGCAGAAAGCCAUCCGAAAUUAAAGUACUUUCUCUCGACCAUUGCAGAGCAAAAACCAUCAGCGGUCUGACCGAUGAAUUUUCUCAAUUGACAGCACUUUAUUUAGAGUAUGUUGGAUUGACUUCGCUUGAUGGGUUGCCGAAACUUCCAGCUUUGCAUACAAUCGAACUAGGUGAUAAUAAAUUGACUGGAGGAUUGGAAAUACUUGUGGAAAACUGUCCACGUCUUCGUUUUAUUGAUUUAAGUGCUAACAAAAUUAAAGUUAAUUUAUUUUUAAAAAACUUUUAA